AUGUCGAUUAAAGCUGCUUUUUCAUCUAGUAGCCAAAUUAUUCCCAUAAUAAGGGAAACAACAAUUCCUGCUGUCAAAGAUGGUCAUGUGCUUAUUGAUGUCAUUGCUGCUGGUUACUCCAACUUAGUGAAAGGUAGAGCUAGAGGAGCUCAUUAUAGUAGUGAUGGAAAAGAGGCCAUUGUUGGAUUUGAUGGCGUUGGGAAAGAGAGAGAAAGUGGCAGAUUGGUUUACUUUUUUAACUUUGCCGGUGGAGCAUAUGCUGAGACCGUCAGUAUCCCGCAAAACAACAUCUUUCCGUUGCCUGCUGGUACUGACGAAGAGACUGGUGUGAAGGUCGCGGCAUUGGCCAAUGGUGCAGUGGCUUCCAUUCUUGCUUUUCAGAAUAGAAUUAAGGAAGUUCCUCAGAAUGCAACCGUUGCUAUUUUAGGAGUCACUGGGCUCUCCGGAAGACUUGCUGUGCAAAUAAGCAAGAACGUCUAUGGAGUAAAGAAGGUGAUUGGAAUCGGUCGUACACAAGAAAAAGUCGACGCUCUUAAGGAAAAAGAGCCACUUUUGGACGAGGUGAUAGGACUUGACAAGUCUGACGAGGAACUUAAAUCAGGUGGAUUAUUAAGUGAAGUUGAUAUUGUGUUGGAUUUCUUGUGGGGAACGCCAGCCACUAAAAUCUUGAAUGCUAUGGUCAGCUCCAAGAAGGUUUCGUACAAUAAAUUGACUUGGGUACAGAUCGGGCAAGCAAGUGGUUCUGAAAUAGAUAUUCCAGCCAGCUAUCUUAGAAGUGUUAAUUUGGAAAUUUUAGGUAGUGGUCUUGGUCCCCAGCCGCCUAUCGCUUUACUUAAAGCUGGUGAAGAGUGUGCUAAAAUCUUAGCUGAAGGUACUGUAGGUAAAGGCAUACCAUUCAAAGCAAUUCCACUUUCAGAUAUUGCUGCCGAAUGGGAGAAACCAAUUUCUGAACCCAGACCAGUUUUUUUGAUUAAAUAA